GCCACCGGGUGCCAUUCAAACUCCAUUGAAUUUUUUGGAUGCAUUUUUCUGUCCACCAAAUAUGGAAUCUUGAGACUCAUCAGACCUUUCCAACGAUAUGUAUUUUGUCAAGAUUAUGAAAAGUUUCGAUUCUAAAAGACCGUGAUAUAUUUGGAAUAUGACAAAAGUGUAUUGCUUGGUGCUUCUGGAAGAAAAAGUUGCUAGGGUAGUCUUAAAAGUUGCUAAGUUUAGCUUGUGAUCAUUUUAGCCAAUCACAGUCAUAUGUUGAGUAGAUGAACACAAUGACCAAUCAGCACUGUGAGAAUCUGCUCAACAGUCAACAUCGCUCAAAUGUUAGCGGGAAAAGAACAGAUCGAAUGGUAUCGCAGUCAGUAAUUUUAACACUAGCUCAAGUAAGGGAUAAUGCACUGCUAGGUGUGUAUUAAAAUAUUUUAUUACCAGACGUGGAGUGUGUGUGUGCAUCAAUUAAAGCAGUGCAUUAAUAUAAAACAUUGAUUGAAUUUACUUGAUGCCUGUGCAUUAAACUGUUUUAAUGCAUAUCUGCCAGCCAAUCAGAAUCUGGUACUCAGACAGACCAUGGUAUAAGUGCUUAUAAAUGCGCACAAAGAUAGCUGAUUAACAAAGAUAGAGGAAGUUUAGUUGUUGAACGUUGUGUGAUUUGUCCCAACUGCACAGUAGAACUGUGUCAAUGGGCAGAAACAAAACAUUUGAACUUGUUGAAACAGAUACAAAGACCACGGAGUUACAAUAUGUCAAAAAUGAACUUCUGUGUAGUCUGUGAGUUCAUAAAAAUGGUGUGUGUAUAACCCUAAAAACUGCUGAAGCGUAGUUUCUUGGAUUCACAUGUGGUUGUAAUUCUCUGAAAGCCUAUGUGAAAACAGGAUUGCACCUGUAGGACCCUUUUAGAGACGAUUUGUUCGUUUGACCGCAUGCAUGGACACGGAUAGCUGAGCUCAUAUGGGGCUGGCAGUAAAGUGGUUUCAUAUGAGAGACGUGUGCAUGUCUGAAGAGUUGUGUAAGUAUGUGUUCCUGAUGCAGCGAGUCUUUCAGUGGAUGUUUUUCAAAGACAAUGAAAAGAGCUUCGUCAAGACCUCAUCAACUCAAAGAGCAGCUCCUUCAGGCCAUCGAUGGUCAAAAUAGUAUCCAGAACACAAUGGCUGUGCUGGAUGUGAUUUGCUGCCUGGAAAAAUACCCCAUGACUAAAGAGGUUUUAGUGGAAACCAGGCUUGGAAAGUUGAUCAAUGAUGUCAGAAAAAGGAUCACAGAUGAAGAUCUUGUUAAACGUUUAAAAAAUCUUAUAAGACGUUGGCAGGGGCUGGUUGAAGUACACGAAGUCACAGCCAAAGAGCUCUCUAGUUUUGCAGACAAUUUGACUUCCGCUGAAUGCAUUCCUGGGUCAACACAAACCCUUCCUGAAAAUGACAGCAGAACUCUUUUUCACAGUACCACGGGUGAGAGGACUGGUUCUGUACCAGAUAAAACCAUUAAAUAUCCAAACAGUUUUAGAAAGAGUAAAAUACCCGUCCGUGCAAUCAAACCAUAUUCCUCGUCCAUCCAGCAUUUACAACAGUCCACAAGCUGGAGAACAUCUCUGUCCAGUCAUCAUUCCCUAAAUACCAUUAUCAAAGACCAGCACAAGUUGGAAAGAAACACCGCCUCUGUCAGUCACAGCAACGAAAAGCACUUUUUGGUGGCCAAGGAACCAGCACAAUCCACUUCCAUCACCUCUGAUCUACCAAAUCCAUCCAUCCAGGAUUCAUCCAUAAAGCUACAACAGCCUUCAGACCUCCUCAACAUACUCAAACCUGCCUCACUAAACAGUGAUCUCGAUGAGGUCUCCAGCACAGUGACAGACACAAACAUAAAGGGCUGUGAGGAAAAGACGAGGAAGAAACAGCAAAACAGUCACACCGUCAAACUCGAUGGAGAGGACGGUACCAAAGCGGCACAACUGCAAGCGGGCAAACUAGCAUACAGCACUCAUUCUCAAAAAAUCAAACCUGUAUCAAGCAUAACAUUUACAGAAGAAUGCAAGAGAUCAACAGGAAGUGGAAUCCAGGAUUUGAAAAACAGCCUUCGAUCAAUCCAACAGACAAACUGGAGAGAGAUGCCUCAAAGUAAGAUGAUUCAGAACAGCUUACUGAUUUCAGAGAAGUCAACGAUGAGCUUUUCUGUGGGUGAGAGCAUCAAGCAACAAAUAAAGAAGAACUCCAAGGAGUGCAGAACACCUCAUGGGUUUAUACCAGCGUUCCCUGUGACAGACCUUCCAGGGGUCAGCCGAGAGGUCACCGAGCGAGACCUUGUCAGGUUACGGAGUCAGCGAUGGCAUGGUGUGAAUGGCUGUUACGAUGACCAGAAUAUCUGGUAUGACUGGACUCAGUCCAUCACUCUGGAUCCAUACAGGGAUGGGAGGAAAUUUAACAUUAUGCCUUAUGUGUGCAUAGAUUACAGACAGAGUUUUUAGAGGCAUGUUGUGGAGUCACAACCAUGUCCUGUGUGUUUUUGUUCUGCUUCUCUGUUCUUCGUGCUCCAUUGCACUGGUGCGGCAAAAUAAUUAUUAGUAUAGUAGUUUGAAAGCAAUGAGACAAUAACUUCAUUGUCAGCAAGAAAUCUAAAAUGAACAUAUAAAACCACCAUGUACAUUAGUCAAAAGUUUGCAAUUAAUAUUUAUUUUCACCAAAGCUGCAUUUAUUUAAUCCAAAAUACAGUGAAAACAGUAAUACUGCUAAAUAUAUAAUUACAAAUAACUACUUCCUGUUGUAAUGUUCCAGUCUUCAGUCACAUUAGCUUUCAGAAAUCAUUCUAAUAUGCUGAUAUCCUGCUCAGUUAUUAUCAGUUACUACUGGUGCUCAAUUGUUAGUAAUGAUUAAUAAUUAUUAUCAAUGUAGAAAAGUUUUUUUUCUGCUUAAUUUUUUUGUGUGUGGAAUCCACAAUAGAUUUUUUUUUUUUGACAAUACUUUGCUUAACAGAAAGUUAAAUUAAAAGCAUUUAUUUGAAACAGACAUCCUUUGUAACAUUAUAAAUGUAUUUACUGUCACUUUUCAUCAGUUGAAUGUGACUUUGUUGAAUGAAAGAAUCAAUUUAGAUUUUAGUCGAUAAAUUCAAAAAUCAGUAAUCGCAGUGUAUUUGCAAACAUUACUAACGGCUUAAAUUCUAGUUUUGAAAAGAGAAGAGAGAAGAAAAACGAGAGGAACGAUGAGAUAAGAUGGCAUGAUAAUAAAGCAGUCACUGUUUUCGUUUUUGGUCAGCGUGAUUACUGAUUGGCCGAUUUUUGCAGUGUGGGCGGUCCUUGUGAGUGGGUGAGAGCAAGCUGUUGCUAGUAUGAGAAAAUGACCUUUGGCUGUGAUAAAAAAAAUGGGGGAGUUUCCAUGGUAACCCAGUGGGCCACAAAACUUUUUGCAACAAGGGGUCGAGUUUCAGGACAGCUAAACCUCAAUGUAAUGACCCAGAAACAGUUGAACACACACACUGCACAGAAUAUAACUAAAAG